AAGGCAGGAAGGCAGAGAGCGCACCUGGGAGGAGGCAGUGGGAGCGUGGAGGGUGGGGGGCCGGGCUCGGCCUGGAGCCUUCGGGGUGGGCAUCCUGGGCAGGGCGAGUGGCCGAGGUGUAGAGGGGGGAGGAUGCGCCUCUCCAAAACGCUUGUCGACAUGGACAUGGCUGACUACAGUGCUGCGCUGGACCCGGCCUACACCACCCUGGAAUUUGAGAACGUGCAGGUGUUGACGAUGGGCAAUGACACAUCCCCAUCAGAAGGUGCCAACCUGAACACGACCAACAACCUGGGCGUCAGUGCCCUGUGUGCCAUCUGUGGGGACCGGGCCACAGGCAAACACUACGGCGCCUCGAGCUGUGAUGGCUGCAAGGGCUUCUUCCGGAGGAGCGUGAGGAAGAACCACAUGUACUCCUGCAGAUUUAGUCGGCAGUGCGUGGUGGACAAAGACAAGAGGAACCAGUGCCGCUACUGCAGGCUCAAGAAGUGCUUCCGGGCUGGCAUGAAGAAGGAAGCCGUCCAAAAUGAGCGGGACCGGAUCAGCACUCGCAGGUCAAGCUAUGAGGACAGCAGCCUGCCCUCCAUCAAUGCGCUCCUUCAGGCCGAGGUCCUGUCCCAGCAGAUCACCUCCCCUGUCUCCGGGAUCAAUGGAGACAUUCGGGCCAAGAAGAUCGCCAGCAUCGCAGACGUGUGCGAGUCCAUGAAGGAGCAGCUACUGGUGCUUGUCGAGUGGGCCAAGUACAUCCCGGCUUUCUGCGAGCUCCCUCUGGACGACCAGGUGGCCCUGCUCAGGGCCCAUGCCGGCGAGCACCUGCUGCUCGGAGCCACCAAGCGAUCCAUGGUGUUCAAGGACGUUCUGCUGCUAGGCAAUGACUACAUCGUCCCACGGCACUGCCCGGAGCUGGCGGAAAUGAGCCGGGUGUCCAUGCGCAUCCUGGACGAGCUGGUGCUGCCUUUCCAGGAGCUGCAGAUCGAUGACAACGAGUACGCCUGCCUCAAAGCCAUCAUCUUCUUUGACCCAGAUGCCAAGGGGUUGAGUGACCCAGGCAAGAUCAAGCGUCUGCGGUCCCAGGUGCAGGUGAGCCUAGAAGACUACAUCAACGACCGCCAGUACGACUCGCGUGGCCGCUUCGGCGAGCUGCUGCUGCUGCUGCCCACCCUGCAGAGCAUCACCUGGCAGAUGAUCGAGCAGAUCCAGUUUAUCAAGCUCUUCGGCAUGGCCAAGAUCGACAACCUGCUGCAGGAAAUGCUGCUGGGAGGGUCCUCCAGUGAUGCAACUCAUGCCCAUCACCCUCUGCACCCUCACCUGAUGCAGGAACACAUGGGCACCAACGUCAUCGUUGCCAACACGAUGCCUGCUCACCUCAGCAAUGGACAGAUGUGUGAGUGGCCCCGACCCAGGGGGCAGGCAGCCACCCCUGAGACACCACAGCCCUCACCGCCAGGUGGCUCAGGGUCUGAGCCCUACAAGCUCCUGCCAGGAGCCAUCGCCACAAUUGUCAAGCCCCCCUCUGCCAUCCCCCAGCUGACCAUCACCAAGCAAGAAGUCAUCUAGCAAGCUGCUGGGGGUCAGGGGCUCUGCUGGCCCCACAGCCCCCUCAGAAAGUCCCUGGUGGUCACUUGGUCACCACGAAGAUGACAACAGGGCCAGUCCCAGAGCAGUAAUGGAAAGGGCAAAGAGCCCAGGAACUUGGGCUGCAGGCCACAUCCCAUUGCCACCCUCCACACCUGCUCUGGAUGAUGGGGCUUUAACUUGGGGAGACCCCAGCUGGAAAAUCCUCUGCCGCCUUGGACAACUUUUCUCUUGCUGAAGCCACUGCCUUCCCCUUCAUCCAUAUCUACCCCCAAGUUCUUCACCCCCCAAGGACUGCUGACUGGAGACAACAUGGGACCUGGCUUUAACACAGCUCCCCUCCCCUCAGACUGGUACUUCUCUCCUAGAGCUGUCAUAGUGUCCAGUCACAGAGGGCCCUGUGAGGCUGGGUCGGAUUGUGACCCCUUAGUCUUCUCUGUUCUGCUGCCUCAGCCUCCAGCGCCCCUCUCCACUGCCACAGUCACCUUCCUCUGCCCUUUUAGUGUCUCCAAAGCCACCUCUCCAGAGGCUGAGGAAGACUUGGAAACAAUGUCCCCAGUCAUUCUGGGAACACUUUUAAAGCACUGUCUGGGGCUAGGCACAGUGUAGGAGAUUGUUGAGAAGGAAGACACAUUCCUUCUCUGACCCACAGCUCAUCCCUUCUUCAGGGACUUGGGUGGGACCCUUGGGUGGAUCCCUUGGGACGGAGUCAUGAUCUCCACAGGCUCUCAACAAUGAGAGAACAGUCCGAGGUGGACAACUGCAGCAGGAACUUGGAGGGGAGGCCGGAGUGGUCAGAGAAAGCAUCCAGGUAGAGGCAGACGAUGCACCGGGCCCUUAAGGAAGGGUUGGAUUUUGCUGGUGGAGCAGGUGAGACAGGACAUUCCAAGGGAGGGCAAAGAGCUGGGUAAAGCCUGGAGGUUAGAAGGGCAUCGGGGGGAGGGCUGCCUGGAGCAGAGUUGUCAUGCCAGAUAGUGUGGGAGCCUUGAAUGCCAGACUGGGGCAUUGAGACCUGGGUUCCUAGGCCAUGAGUAGCUGGAGGGGGGGUGUGCAGUGAAUUGAGCUUUCAGAAGCUCAAGACAAUGAUCCUACAGAGGCUGGAAGUUUUGGAGGAAGCAGGGAGAUCAGAUGGGGGCAGCUAAUGUAAUCCAGGUGAGACAGAGAUGAGGCUUAGGAAUGGAGAAGGAUGGAUAAAUCUUCAGGUCAGAGUGAUAUCAAGGGGGAAUUAUCCACCAGGGCCUGUCUCGAGCUCUUCCUUAUUCCCAGAACUGUCUUAAGGCACUUGAUUUGUGUUACCUCCUUUCAUCCUCCCUACUACCCAGAGAACCAUACAGAAGAUGAAAUUGAGGUUAAGUAAUUUUUCUGGAACUCACAGAGCUGGUAAGUGACCAAGUCAGGACUUGAUCCCAGGUCUGCUUGGAUCAGAACAGGAGCCCCUAACCGUGGUGGCUGAACAACUCUGAAAGGGCCCUCUCCCCUCACUGUGAUCGAGUUGAGGGACUUCCUGCCCUCACCAGCCUCGGAAGCCAAAACUUCAUUCGUCCCAGGAGCCGUGCCCACGCCCACGACUAAUUGUCAUGAUGAUGCGCUGAAAUCCAGUUAGUGGCCAGAUUCUGGCUUGCUGAUCGACAAGGAGAUUCAUAACUCCUGGGUCCCUUUUCUCUCUUUACUCCCCAACUUUGGGAGAUGGGUGUCAGGGAUUUGGCUCUUGGGAGACAGACAAAUAUGGCCUGGUGUUCUAGGAAUGGGACAGUUUGGGUGGGGGACGGGAGAGAGGUCUGGGUUUGAGACCUGCUCUGGGGAGCAUCACUCAAGGUACAUUCUGGAACCAUAAAACCCCAGGAUAGAGCAGCCAGUGCCUCAUCCAUGCAGAAUGUUGGUGGCUUUGGGGGAAAUUCUGAAAAAUGCCACUUGCCAAUGGGAAUUAUAGUGGGGACCAGAUCUGGGACUAGAGCUGUGCUUACGUGGAAGGGUGGACAGUUAGACUGCUUACCGACACCCACCCAGGGCUGACCCUUCUGAAUAGGCGGGGGCAGUACCCCAGUGCCCCAAGAUCCCAUCAUUAGUGAUUAUUCCUUUUGGCAAAAGAGGCAUGAAGGGCAUUGGGACAGUAUAUUCAAGAGAAAUCUCUACAUCUCCAGUGCUGUCAGGAUUGGCCUUUCCCACUCCAGCAAGCCAGGUCCCCAAUCCCAGGAGAGAUUGUCUCCUGCUCAGUGCUCUCAAACCUUCCUCAGCCACCUAUCAUUUAGGUUCCCCAGAAAUCCCAGCCAAGGGGCUCAGACUGGUCUGAUAGGGAAGCGGGAGUCAUUCUGGUCAUGUCACUCAGGCCUCUGUCAUGAGAACAAAGUAGAGAUAAGGAUUUCCCGUGGGAUGGAGUGGGGAGACAGUGGCUUUUAAUGGUAGCAAUUUUCUGGGGCAGGGGGUCAGCCCUCUGCCCAAAUCAACUCUUCCUGGAGGAGAAAUCUAUUCCCUUUUAAUAAUUUUAUUGUAAUGCAGGAAACAAAAUAAAGGCAAGUUUACUUUUCUGAUUCUGAACUGAGGACACCACACUGGAUUUUUUUUUUUUUUUUCUACCUGAGUUGUGGUCCAGAAACAAAAUCUGAUGGACUAAGAAAAGGUUGGGAGGGCAAGCACGGACCCUGCGAUUCCUCCUCGGAGACAACCCCUUCUCCAGGCAGCUCUCAGAAGCUUCCAGAAUCCACAGGCUCUCCUGAGAGUGGACAGAAAGGAGAGGAGAGGGUUGGCAAUGGAUGCUCCUAGAUCUCUUGUGAUGACCAGGCUAAUUACUUUUGCCAAAUUGCUCUGUGGUUUGCCCUGACUGGUUUGGAAUGUGAAAUUCACAUCAAGCAAUUCUGGAAGUGGGCUGGGUUCUGUCAGAUGCAUCAACAUCUUCCUGUGGCUGUGAAUGUCGUUAGGUCCCAUGCUGACACCUGAGCCCCUGUCACUGCCACCCAAUGGGGCAAAGAAGCAAAAACAAAUUUCUUGUGUGUUUUAACAAAAGUUUAUAAAGCAAAA